UGGCUUUUGCAUCCCGGAAGCGCCAACAGAGCAGGGGAAUUAGGAAGUGCGUGCGACGUGUGCGUUUGGAGCCGGCUUACAGGAGAGAGUUUGUUUUGGUGGGAGGCUGGUGCUGAAGCGGCGCCCUGACCUCGCCGUAAUCUGGCGCUCCGUGCGGGCCCGGAGCUGCCAUUUCCCUCCCUCUUCAAGGCUCCCUUCUCUGUUACCUGCCCGCUCUCCCUCGCGUCCCUUUCUUUCGGCUAUGGCUUCCUCCGCGCCUUCGGGUUCCAACUGGGGCCUGAUCAUGAACAUUGUGAACAGCAUCGUCGGGGUUAGCGUGCUGACGAUGCCCUUCUGUUUCCGACAGUGUGGCAUCUUUCUGGGAGCCCUGCUGCUUGUUUUCUGUUCCUGGAUGACUCAUCAAUCCUGUAUGUUCCUAGUGAAAUCAGCCAAUGUCAGCAAACGUAGGACCUAUCCUGGACUAGCCUUCCACGCCUAUGGAAAAUCUGGUAAAAUGCUUGUGGAAACCAGUAUGAUUGGAUUGAUGCUGGGGACCUGCAUAGCUUUCUAUGUUGUUAUUGGAGACCUAGGAUCAAAUUUCUUUGCUCGAUCACUGGGACUCCAGGUGAGCGGCGUAUUCCGGAUCCUCCUGCUUUUUUUCAUCUCCCUCUGCAUUGUGCUCCCGCUGAGUCUCCAGAGAAACAUGAUGGCUUCCAUACAGUCCUUCAGCGCAAUGGCUCUCAUUUUCUAUACGGUGUUUAUGUUUGUGAUCGUGCUCUCUGCUUUCAAACAUGGCCUCUUUGUCGGGCAAUGGCUACAGCGGGUCAGUUAUGCACGCUGGGAGGGCAUUUUUCGCUGCAUUCCUAUCUUUGGCAUGUCGUUUGCCUGUCAGUCCCAGGUCUUUCCGACUUACGAUAGUCUGGAUGAGCCAUCAGUUAAAAUCAUGAGCUCCAUUUUUGCCUCCUCGCUAAAGGUGGUCACUGCCUUUUAUGUUAUGGUUGGGUUCUUUGGUUAUGUGAGUUACACUGAAGCCAUUGAAGGCAAUGUACUUAUAAACUUCCCUUCCAAUGUAGUGACGGAGGUGAUACGUGUGGGGUUCAUGAUGUCUGUUGCAUUUGGAUUUCCAAUGAUGAUUCUUCCAUGCCGGCAGGCUUUGAAUACGCUUCUUUUUGAGCAGCAGCAGCAAAAAGAUGGAACAUUUGCUGCAGGAGGUUACAUGCCACCUCUCCGAUUUAAAGCUCUGACUCUGGCAAUUGUGUUUGGGACCAUGGUUGGUGGCAUCAUGAUCCCAAAUGUGGAGACCAUCUUGGGCCUAACAGGUGCAACGAUGGGAAGUCUCAUCUGUUUUAUCUGCCCAGCUCUUAUUUACAAGAAAACCCACAAGAAUGCCCUUUGCUCACAGAUCAUAAUUAAGAUUGGGUCAGUUGCCACUUAUGCUGAGAUGGUGCAACAGGAUGGUCUAUUGACUUACUUGUGUUGGAUCAUACUAUGGAUUGGUUUGGGAGUAUUAAUUAUCAGCACUUACACAACUUUAUCAGCAAUACAAGGGAUUCCAACAGUGGAAGUUGUGGAACCAGACAAUCUGCCUAGAGAAAUAAAUAAGGAACAGGACUCUGCUAAAAUUUCAGAUCAAGAUCCUGUAAUUCAAGAAAUGGCUGAUAACCGUGACAGACCCAAACUGGUGAAUGAGAAAGAAGAGGUGGAACAACCACAGAUCAAAGUUCCCAUGGAUAUGCCUAAGAGAGAAGACAAGGAGAAAGCAAAGGAGGAGGUACAACUGGACCGGCCUGAUCAAGGCAUUGCACAACCUGUGGGAGAAGCCCAUCGCCAUGAGCCGCCAGUACCACGUGAUGGGGUAGCAGUGGAUGAGGGCCAGGACCGGGAGGACUCUGAGCAGAAUCGGCCACCGGCAGACAAGGAUGUCCUGGUAGAGAACAAUGCUGUGGUGGAGAAGGAAGAACCUAAAAUUGUUCCCAAACAAGCCGAUGAAGAGAAUGGCCAGAAAAAGUUGGAAGACCAGCUCGUAAAAGAUCACAAGCCAGUGCCCGAGGUGGUGGCACACAAGGACGAUCAGUCUCCUCACAGAGAUUUCCAGCUAGAAAAGCAGAAUGAGAAGAGAGACAAGGCUGUGGGUGGGAAGAACGGUGCCAAUUUGCAAGCAGUUGAACAUGGCAAAGAAAGGGUAAAAUCCAUGGAGAUGGAAAACGAAGCACAUGAUAAAAAAGACGCAGCUUCUUCAGAGAAGCUUGGUCCAGCCCAAAGUGAGCAGAGAGAGGUUCGUAAUGCAGAAGACAAGCCUGAGAACAAGCUCGAGGGAGAUGAGGAGAAGCAGCUAGACCAUGCCGUCCUGUUGCAAGUGAUAAAGGAACAGCAGGUUCAGCAAAAGCAACUCUUAGAUCAGCAGGCAAAAUUGUUAGCAGUGAUUGAGGAACAACACAAAGAGAUCCACCAGCAGAGGCAAGAGGACGGAGGCGAGGAAAAGCCAAAGCAAGAAAUCCAGCUGGAACAUGGCCUAUCUUUGACCAAGAGUAAAGAGAGAGAAGAUCACCCCGACGACAAAAUUGAAAAUGCUCCAAAGAAUAUACCAAGUGAUAACCUGGGCCAUCCUUUGCAUCUGCCUGAGAACCAGCCCCAAAAUCCUGAUGAAAUUAAAAGGCAGCAGGCCAUUGGUCCAGGAGACUUAAAACAUAUACAAAACAAAUUAACUGAAAUUCCCCCUAAAAAUCUUAUGGCUCAAAUAAACGAUGAUGAGAAAAUUGUACAACACCAAGCUAAUGCAAACCACAAAGAGGAGUUAGAACCAAUCAGGAGUGAUUCACAGAUAGCUAGGCCUGACGGACACCACCAGGAAAAGCAAGCCAAGGCUGAAGAUUUGAAAGGGCAGGAGAUUCAAGUGGCAGACAGUAUUGAGAAAAGAAAGGAGGCUGUGAAAAGGGCUGAAAGCCAAAGAGAGAUACCAGAGGUAGCCAAAAUCCAUGGUGCCGAGGGAAGGAUUCCUCGUAUAGAUUCUGAGAGUGAGUCCCUUGCCAAGGAGGUCAAAAAAGACUUCCAGGAUCCAGAGAUUCCACUUAAACCAAAGAUUGCUGAUAACAUACCAGGGAAAUUGGAAGUCCAUGAAAUUGUGAAAGCUGACCAAGGUGGGGAAAGACAGAGGUUACCUUUGGACCAGGUUGACAGAUUACAGGGCCAAGGGGCCAAAGGUAAAGAGAGGACGGCCACUGGAUCCCAUCAUCCACAGCUGAGUAAUGCCAAUGAUCAAGGGCAUGAUUCAAAGAGAGAGCAAAGGAUCCCAGAGAGCUUGCAUGAAGCUGACAGUGACCAUAUCUUACAGGCAGACAUAGUUAGGCCUGAGUCCAGGGAUCAUGAAAAGGCCAAACCCAACAGAGACCUCAAGCUACAAGCAGACCUGGACCUACGCCGCAAAAGGCGAGAUCUGGAAGAAGAGGAGGGAGGUGUAAUAUUUGGACUUAACCCCGUCCCAGAUGUGAAAGUCAAUGACCUCCGUAGCGCGUUAGACACUAGGUUCAAUCAGGCAGCAGAAGGUGCCCAGCAAGCCCUUCACAGCCGACAGAUUAAACAGAUACCAGCGGGAGAAGAAGAGGCGUGAAAGUCUUUGCAUUCUAGGGAAAUGUAGGAAUCCACCAGCUGCUUAAAGGUGUCUGUUAUGCAGCUAACUGCCAUUGGUAUAUAACCGUUGGCAGCCCAGGUCAAUCUGAACUGAGUCCCAAUGACUGAGCAUUGUUUGCUCUGGCAGAAAGAGGAAUUUCCAUGCUGCCAGCCAAUUUCAUUCUUCAAAAACGCUCUCCUCACUCUGCUGGUAGCUUGUGUGCAAAACCCGAGUUCAUCUGUUGUCUGGAUUCUGAAAAUGCUUUACACUUGUCAUCUUUCCAAAGAAGCAUGCCCGUUUUUAUUCCUGCUCAGAUACUUUUAAUUGUUUAAUUUCUAUGUCUAGUGUCUGUUGGCAUGUUAUUUUAUCUUGUUGGAAAAUCCCUUUAUGGGUAUGUGGAUGUUACCCACCCUUAAAUUAAUGUUUGGAUAUUUGUGUUCUACCAUUUGCUAAAUGGGUUGAUUUGGCUUUUGGAAAUGGUUGCAAGAAGAUGAAAGAAGUUCUCUAAAUGUCUGAAAGGGGAGCAUCUCUUCAAAGAUAAAUUCUUAGGAAUAUGGACUGGAUUGCUAACAAGUGCAUUUUUACAGCAACUUACAAACUACUCUGAUCUUUUUCAACCAGGUCCAGUAUUAGCAAUAAUAAAAGUAGCCUAUUUUUUUUUUCAUUUUUGGAUAUCAAAAUGUAGGUCAUGUUUUAAAAAACAUACCUGUCUUAAGUGCAUUAUGGAACUAUACUGUGCAUAAAAGCCUCGCAAGAUGCUUGUUUAAAUGAUUUCAAAGGGGCACCAUCAGAGUAGGCUGUCUACCUCUUUCCUCCAGUUUAUGAGUGCAUAUAGGGUAGCUUAAAGCUGUCCCCCUAUAUCCCUUCCAGUUCUUCAGUCUAUUAGUCCUAUCCUAGACUUGGCAAGCUUCGACAUUUGAACACGAUUUGUUCUAGGUGUCCUUAACAGUCCCAAGAAUUGUGUUAACAAAUGAUGCAGCAAAUUUAAGCUCUGGACAUUUGAUCAUCGCUAAUAUCCAAAUAUUUGGAAUUUGGCUAUAAACUAUUAACUAUCAAAGUCAGUUAUCAGUUUAUUUUCCUAGAACAAGAAGGAAAAAAUAAUAAAGCGGGUGUUGCUUCUGGAGUGUAUGUUGGCUUGCAACAUGGAAUUGAGAUUGGGGAGCGGGCAAUGCCAUUGUCCCAUCUUGCCUGUGAAGUAUAUUUGUUGUAUUUCCAUUCAGGGAGACAGAGAAGUGUGGCUGGUACCACUUGACUAUUGCAAGGGGCAUUUUUCCUUGUUACAAACAUUAUUGUUCUAACUUUUCCUCAGGCAUCUCAUUGGUCCUGUUUGACCAUCAUAUUAAACUGACUUUAGGCGAUUGUAAUAAGCUGUAAAGGGCCUUCAGUUUACUAUAAUCCCCACCCAAGCCUCCACCCCCCAAAGGUCACAUGAUGCUUGGAAGUUUGAGCUUCUGUUUUGUUAAAUAGUCUCCAAAAGAAAUUAUGGUCUUUGUGUAUCAAACUAUGGUUACCACUAUCCAUUUAGCUGUGACUUAAUGGAAGUCACAGUUAAAUGGAAACUAGAGAUUCCAAACUCCUUGCAAGCCAUAUUUGAGAAUAAUACGUGUGCAGUAAAUUCAUUUUCAUCAUACUAAACCAGUAGCCAAGCUGAUAGUUUGUUAUUUUGGACUACAAACCCUAUAAACUCAAUCAGCAUGACCAGUGAUGACAGGUGUUAUAGUCCAAAAACACUUGCAAGACAUCAGCUUGUUUACUCCUGGAUUUAAUUGUGGCUGGGGGCAACACUUCCUAACCCCAAAUCCCCAGAUGUUUUGCUAUUCUCUGAGUUGGCUGGGCAUCUUGGAAUUAAAGGGGAGGGUUAAUUGGGGAAAGACGAAUUUAAUAUGAUAUUCCACACGACCAUUGAACAGUGCUGGCCAAAGCACAAUUAGUUUGUGGUUGGAUUGCUGUUACUUCAGUAUGUAAAUUCAGUAUGUAAAUAUGAUUUAUUUUAUUUUUUGUAAAUAUCAGCCAAAUUGCUUUAAUGUGAAGGGCUAUGAACGCCCUGUCGUGGUUUCUCUGGCCACAGUAUGACCGUCUGCUGUAAUCGAAGGACCAAAGAUACUUCUGGCAUUCCUCCAUAGAAUAACCCGAGUUUUUGAAACAAUCCAUCUCCAAGCAAUUACAAAGAAAGAAAGACAGACAGACAGAAGGCAGCCCUGGAUUUCAUCUGGAAUUCCUCACUUGCCGCCAUAGCAAAAUGUCCAGUUUGCAGUGUUGUACAAUGACCAGUCCCAGGGAUUAUGGCUAACCUGCACAAAUCCAAUAAUAAAAAAAAACUGAAGCAUUUUAA